UUUAUUUGCUCGAGGGAGUUAACCCCAGGCAGACUUCAAAAAUGGACCCAAAAUCCGUGCUCUAUCUCCAAGAUACCGACUUCUGACACUGAACCCAAAAGUACAGAGCUCCGACCGCUGUACUUAAGCGUCAAUUGGAAAGAGCAGCUAUGGAUUCGCACGCUUUAACGUGGACCCUGCUUGCCCGUAGCAGAGAGUUUUCGGCGACCCGAAAUGAAAAUGGAACUGUGAUUCCUGGCAAAAUUCCCUACACCACAAUGAACUCCAAGGCCGGGGUUACAGUUCAGCAUGGAAAAUAGAUUCCUGCACAAAGUCUGAAAUUGGUAUUCUCAUACAAGUCAAAGUCAUUCUCCACCGUAAUAACUAUGUACUCUCCGCUGUGCCUGACUCAGGAUGAAUUUCAUCCCUUUAUCGAAGCACUUCUCCCGCAUGUCCGUGCUUUCUCCUACACAUGGUUCAACCUGCAGGCUCGCAAGCGCAAGUACUUCAAGAAGCAUGAGAAACGUAUGUCCAAGGAUGAAGAGAGGGUGGUCAAGGAUGAGCUCCUUGGAGAGAAGCCUGAAAUCAAACAGAAGUGGGCGUCUCGGCUCUUGGCAAAACUGCGGAAAGAUAUCCGGCCUGAAUUCCGGGAGGAUUUCGUGCUGACCAUCACCGGCAAGAAGGCUCCUUGCUGCGUCCUUUCUAACCCUGACCAGAAAGGCAAGAUUCGGCGGAUCGACUGCUUGAGGCAGGCAGACAAGGUCUGGAGGUUAGACCUGGUAAUGGUCAUAUUGUUCAAAGGGACUCCCUUAGAAAGUACUGAUGGUGAGCGCCUGGUCAAAUCACCUCAGUGCAGUAACCAAGGCCUGUGCGUCCAGCCACACCACAUUGGAGUUUCUGUAAAGGAACUUGACUUGUAUUUGGCCUAUUUUGUACACAACCCAGAGUCAGGACAAUCUGAAAGCUCGAACCAGCAAGGAGACGCAGAUGUCAAACCACCGCCCAAUGGGCAUUUGAAUUUCCAAGACUGUUUUAUUACAUCUGGAGUUUUUAGUGUUUCUGAGCUUGUGAGAGUGUCACAAACCCCAGUCGCCGCUGCUACAGGCCCCAGCUUCAAUCUGGCUGACCUGGAGAGUCCGGGGUACUACAGCAUAAACCAGGUCCCCCUGGGCAGGCGCACAAUUACAACACCUCCCUCUACCAGCUCCACCAAGCGACACAAAUCCAUCGAGGACAGUGAGAUGGAAAGCCCGGUGGACGAAGUCUUCUACUCUAGCACAGGCCGAUCACCAGCUGCAGGCAGCAGUCAGAGUGGUGGGUGGCCCAAUGAUGUAGACACAGGAAUGACAUCGCCCACUUCCUUAAAGAAGUCAACAAAACACGAGUUUGGCAGUGGAACGCCUUCACAAACCGUCUCCUCGCGAAUGGCGUUCACACAUCACCCAUUGCCCGUGAUAGCAGGAACCAGACCAGGAAGCCCUCGAGCUCCAGCCUCCGCUAUCCAUUUCCCAUCAUCCUCCAUCAUCCAGCAGCCAAGCCCCUACUUCACCCACCCAACCAUCCGUUACCACCAUCACGCCAGCCAAGACCCGCUGAAGGAGUUCGUCCAGCUGAUCUGCUCCGACAGUUCCAGCCAGGCCACAGGACAGGUGGGGUACCUAAACCCAAACGGUGGCAGCCAGGGCAAGGUCGCGGGGUCAUUUCUGCUGCCGCCACCGCCCCCAAUGGCCCGACCAGUCCCCCUUCCAAUGUCUGACACAAAAUCAACGAGUGCGUCCCCAGAGGGAGGAGCCACGUCACCCACGUCACCCUCAUAUUCAACGCCCAGCUCCUCCUCUGCAAACCGGUUUGUCAGCAUUGGACCACGGGAUGGGAACUUUGUAAAUAUCCCGCAGCAGUCACAGUCUUGGUUCCUCUGAUAGUUUCGAGCCUUUCCCACUGAACAGCGACAAGACCAUCUGAUACCUUCCUUGACACAAGUAAAAUUGACAGAGAGAGAGAGAGAGAGAGAGAGAGAGAAAGAGUGAAAGAGAGAAAGAAAGAAAAAGAGAGAGGAAGAGAGAGAGAGAGAAAGAGAGAGGGGGGAGGGAAACACCAUCAUCGCUGAACACUGGGAACUGUAAAAAGAAACCACAACCAUCUGAGACAACUCAGACACUUCGAGGAAGAAAAAAAAAACAAACCAGUUCAGAAUGAUCUCUCCAGCCAUAGGAAUCGAUUUUUC